UAACUGCAUGGUCUAUUCACAGUAAGCUUCAUAGGCCCAUAUCUAUGGCCACUCAGGAAGACAUAAUCCACAGUAACCUGCAGCUAGAAUAACUGACUCUUUCAUAUAGCAGCUUCAUUAUUAAUCAUCAUAGUCAGCUAGGACUCAUUGAACAGCUAAAUCACCUAGCUACUGAUACUCUAUAUUGAAAGAGGUCUUUUAGGUACUGAAUUUUCUCCUCUUGAACACAGGAAUGGCAGGGUAACUCUUCAAUGAGAAGUUCAGAGCCUUUUUCAACUGGAUUGUGUCACUAAGUGCUGAAAUAGAUGUCUUCACAGACUUAAACUCAAGAGUAAGACAUGUGGGUGUGGUCGUGGCCACACCUACUUUUUGAACACUCCCACUUUCAGCCACACCUUUGCCCUACUUGCAGUGAAAUCCUGCAGCCGCCUAUGCCUACUACUAGGAGUGUUAGAUAUAAAGAGAGAGUUUUACCUAUUGAAGAAAGUGUUAGAGCUAAAGAGACAGUUGAACCCACUACAGAUAUUAGUACUGCAGCCAAAGAGAGCAAUAGAACUAAAGAAUCAGCUGAUUAUCCUACUGCAAAGAAGAGUGUUCAAAGUGCACAUAGAGUUGAUACAAGAAGGAGUGUCAGAACUAAACGUAAAAUGGAAAGAGUUGGACAAUGUACAGUGAAUAAUGGUAUUGCUAAAGAUGCAGUCCCUCCUACUACUUAUGCUACCAAAAGGAAUGUGAAAUCUAAAGUCAAGUCUGAUUGUUCCCUAAAGCAAUGUUCACAUCCUGAUGAGUCUAAUUGGGUCUUUUGUUGCAGCUGCAACCAGUGGUAUCACUGUUAUUGUUAUAAAAUUUCAUUUCAAAAGGCGAAAUCAAAAAACUUUAAAUUUACAUGUAACAACUGUAAAUAAUAACUAAUUUUAAUAAUAAUCAAUAAUGUUAGGCGUGUCCGUUUAUUGUAG